AUGGAUAAUGAUAAUUUACAAUAUUUUUCUUCAACUCAUCAAUUUGACGAAUCAAUUGCUGACUCUAUUACAAGAUCAAAUAGCCCGGUAUUAGAAACUAGAAGUACAAGUGCAAAAAGUGAUAAUGAAGCUUCUAAUGAAAACAAAACAAUAGAAACUAUUCAAAGUCUUAAUAAUCAAAAAAUUAAUAUUGAAGUUACAUAUAGCAUUUGUAAUGUAUUAAAUGAUUUGGGUAAAAGCUGUGAUUCAUGA